AAGUGGGGGUCGAGGGAUGGGCCCCCAGAUAUAUCAGUGUAUAGGGCCCCAGGAUUUCUGUUGCCGCCCUUGAGUGUACGUGUUGUCUGUAGCACCAGCAGCAACAGCCAUACGGUGUGUACAUCGUCUACGUAACAUGGGACCCUCUGACUGAGAUGUGGGGAGGGCGCAGCAGCAGCAGCCGCGAAGAGAGUAAGCGCUGAUUAGAAAUGCUGGGCCCACCCCUAGAAGGCAUUAGUCGGUGUGGAACAUUCAUGGCAGCCUGUUCGGCUGUUCCAGCUGUGCUUCGAGGGAAUAGCAGAGGACAUGAGCCGGGGCUCCCGGUGCUGCUGCGGGUGAUCCUCGGGCGCCGCCAGUCUCCGGGAGACAGUGGGGGAGAAGCAGCUGCAUCCUGCGGGGAACUAGAUCUUUGAAGAUGUAAGAAGUUUUGGAAUAUUCUUCUGCUGACAAUUGAGAAUGAAAUUUGUUCAAAUGUCUGACCUAUGGAAUCCAGACAGUAAAUGACAAUGCAGAAAGGAUUCUAUAUGCUUUCCCUGUAACAAUGGGCUGCAACACCACGGAUCUUGACAGCUGCACUUUUUCCAAUCUAAAUGUGACUACAGUGAGCCCAGAUUCCAAGUUUGCUGCAUUCCCCACCCCUCUCAGGAUAUUAUUGGCAAUAAUAAUGGUACUGAUGAUUGCAAUUGCUUUCUUGGGCAAUGCCAUUGUUUGCCUUAUUGUAUAUCAAAAACCAGCCAUGCGUUCAGCAAUCAACCUCCUUCUUGCAACGCUGGCAUUCUCUGACAUUAUGCUGUCUCUCUUCUGCAUGCCUUUCACUGCAGUUACAAUUAUCACUGGGAGCUGGCACUUCGGCACUCAGUUUUGCCAAAUAUCAGCCAUGCUCUACUGGUUCUUUGUAUUAGAAGGAGUUGCCAUAUUACUUAUAAUCAGUGUGGAUCGUUUUCUGAUAAUUGUACAGAGACAGGAUAAGCUAAACCCACACCGUGCCAAGAUCAUGAUUGCGACAUCUUGGGUGUUGUCUUUUUGCAUCUCUUUUCCAUCUGUUGUCGGCUGGACGUUGGUGGAAGUUCCAACACGUGCACCUCAAUGCGUUUUAGGAUAUACAGAAUUCUCAGCUGAUAGGGCAUAUGCCGUAAUGCUUGUCAUAGCAGUGUUCUUCAUCCCUUUUAGCGUAAUGCUCUACUCUUAUCUAUGCAUCUUGAACACAGUCAGACGAAAUGCUGUUCGCAUUCACAACCAUGCAGAGAGUCUGUGUCUGAGCCAAGUAAGCAAGUUAGGGUUGGUGGGACUGCAGAGGCCUCAUCAGAUGAAUGUGGACAUGAGUUUCAAGACCAGGGCCUUCACUACAAUAUUAAUUCUCUUUAUUGGAUUCUCCCUUUGUUGGCUUCCACAUUCUGUAUUCAGUUUGCUGUCAGUAUUUAGUAGGACUUUCUACUAUAGUUCCUCAUUUUAUGUUAUCAGUACUUGUAUCUUGUGGCUCAGUUAUCUUAAGUCUGUAUUCAACCCAGUCAUAUACUGUUGGAGGAUCAAGAAGUUCCGUGAGGCCUGCAUGGAGUUCAUGCCCAAAACCUUUAAGAUUCUUCCUCAAGUUCCAGGGAGGAAAAGGAGAAGAAUACGUCCCAGCACCAUCUAUGUUUGUAGUGAGCACCAGUCAGCUGUUUAGAAAACUGUUUCAGGGAUAUUUAUUAAACAAGCACAGAAUACUUGGUUUACAUUCUUAGCUGCCUGAUACAUUGUAUUAUGUAUUUAUUGUUCAAAAGUAUCUAUAUUGAUCCAUAAUGCGGACUAUUUAUCAAAAACAAAGUGUGCUCAGUUAUUUCCCGACCUUCAUAAUGAAGAGUUGUCUUUUCCGUGAACCCUGUGUCGGACUGCUAAGGUUUCAUAAAUGGUCCGCAUAAUUUUUUACAGAUGGCAAGGAAGAAGGAAAGAAAUUAAAUUUGCACUGAAUUAUUGUACAUAUACAGUACAUUAAAAGGUAAAAGGUUAUCCCUUUGAGCAAUAGUAGAAGAUAAUGCCAGACAAUUGCAAUAAUCACAAAAAUAAAUGUAGAAUUUACAUAUGUUGAA